CAAAUUAUUGAUACAGUCUUACUAAUUUGUUAUGAACUUAUUAGAAAUGUUAGUCAACUUUCUUAAUGGCAAGUUGGAGAAUUGCUUUUGCGGGUUGACCCGCAACCCAACCGCACCCAUUCGCCACUCACCCAACCCAACCCGCAAAAGUAUGUGGGUGGAUUGCGGGUCAUAAUUAUUCCAACCCACUAGUAAGCGGGUGACUCAAUUUGAGACCAAAACCCACCCAACCCGCCCGUUGACGUCCUCCAGCUGCAUCAUAGUCCCCGGAUCCAAAGGGGGUAUCGCGAAGCAGAACAAAACUAAAAGAGAGCAAAACCUACCAUGCAUAGUACCUUCGCUGUAACAGAGACGAACAAGAUCGUGGAGGAUGCUCCACAAACGGAGGAAAGGUGGCCAAGGUCGAUGAGCUCUAAACCCUCUACAUGGUGCUCAGGUACAAGAUUUGCGCGCCGUCUCUAUAGUGAUGUGCUACGAACGUAUACCUGGUACAUCGGGGACUCCGGCUCUAAGGAUGUGGCUACUGCAAUCAGGGAGGACGCGAGGGAUGAGGGGAUUGAAGAGGAAGAUGACCCGUUAUCCCCUCCCAUCCAUUUUACUGCGGUCGAGGAGCGCCAAUUUUGUAGGGAAAGUGUCAUGAAGAUUGGGAGACGCACUGGAAAAUCGGUUCGGGUUGACCAAGCUACUAGCACGGCUGCAAGGCUCGAUUAUGCCCGUGUCUGUGUGGAAUUCGACCUCACCCGACCACUGUUAUCUCAAUUCAAAAUCAACAAGAUCAAGUACUUCAUCCAGUAUGAUGGUUUUGAAAAGUUCUGCCUCAAAUGCGACACAGCGACACCUACUUUGAACGAUCAUGCUGCUCUUGUUCGAUGCCAAAGGAAAAGGAAUCGAAGAGUCCUUACAGGGAAUGGAUGAUAGCAAAGCAAAAGCCCCACUCCAACCACAAAGGUAAUAGGCCAAAAGACAAGAAAAAUGAACCCCAAAUCAGCAGCAGUGAAGAGAACAGAGUCGCAAGGCUCUCCCUACCAAGCUCUGGUUCCUGAUGAUAUUGUGGAAAUGGAAUCUAGUGAGAACAAUGUGACCCUGCAUGAAGGAACAAAGACGCCACCCCCUAGGACCCAAGACAGCCUGAAAAAAGGAGAAGCUAAGCGACAAACAGUACGCCAACGUAUAUGGGAGCUUAGCGAAAUUAGCUACAAGGACUCCUAAGUCAGAGGGUGGCGUAGUAAGUACCCCUACUAAUGCUAGAGCUGGGGAAUCUCGCACAACAGAGACAAAGACAAAGGCUCCAUUACAGAUCUUACAACGGGAAAAAUAUUAUAAGAGCACUCAGAAUAUGUUCCUAUGGACCAGGUGAUCACUCUGUCUAGUACUUUCAACCUAUUAGUCAGUACUUUCGAUAGGAUUUUGUAAAGAACUUUGCAUAAACUGAUCGGGUGAAAAUUCAUAUGGGUUUCAGGGUGUUUUUUCUUCGUUAUAAGGGCUAUCAGGUUAUAAUUCAGUUCAGGAGGGAAAGAACAUGUCUCCAAAUAACUAUGUAGUUUGUUGGUUAUCAUCUCACCCACUAUAUCCCAAAUUUUUUUGAAAAAAAUAAAGCUGACAUUCCAUCUGCUCCUAUAACCUUAUUUGCUCCCAUUUUUCGUAGAGUAGCUCAUAUUUCUUCUUUGACAAAGGAUCUAAGUAGGACUGAAUUCAUCUCAGGGGCCACCUUGGGCUGAACUGCUUCCAGAAUAGUACUGGAAGUGGUUUGAGUGCUCUUUUUUUUAUUAAUCUUGGCUAAACCAUUAAUAGUUUAAUACCUUAACCCUAACCCAUUACCCUAUACAUCGACUCUAUAUUAUAUACCCUAAACCCCUAAUGGUUUUAUUGAUGAACAUAUGUUACCAAAAAAAACUUGAUCCAUAUUAGUUAUGAUUUUGACUAAUCCCUGUUCGUGUCGCAACCCUAAAUCGAGAGAGUAGAGCACCCUUGACCGCCACCUCUUCCCUCCAGUGUUAUCGCCGUUUCUUCCUUCCGCCAGUCGUGAGUACUAUUACACUACAGGAAAACUGGUUUUCAGUCACAGUAUCUUAUUCACGGUAGUGUUUCUUGUACUUAGAGGUAUGCUACUAAGCACGAUAAAAUUCCCCGUAAUUAAUUUUAUAGUUCCAAUCACGAGAAUUAAUUUAUCUAUUUUUAAUCUUCACUUCACUACAAAAAAACAAGUUUCUAGUCACGGGAUCUUAUUUACGGGAACCUUUCCCAUAUUAAAAAGUAUACUAAAAGUCAUGGAAUCUU